AUGGCAUCCUUCAAUAAUUCUGCCACCCAUCCAACCUCCAACUCCUCCUCUCCCUCACCCCAGUGUACCGACUCUGAGGACACUACUUUGAACAUCGCAUUGUCCAUCCUGUUUGUACUUGUGUUUCCCUGUGCACUUAUCUUGAACGGGAUGGCCUCUUGGAUCUCCUUACACCUAAAAUCUACAUCUACCUUCAUAGUUUAUCUGAAAAACCUGGUCGCUGCUGACCUCCUCAUGACCCUGACCCUUCCGCUGAUGGGGGCGAGCUUACAACCCGGGAUCACAGUGGAACUCCGGGCCUUUACUUGUCGCUAUUCUGAUGUGAUAUUUUACUGUGCUCUGUACACAAGCAUAGCACUGAUGGGUCUGAUAAGCCUGGAUCGCUUUUUUAAAAUAGUGAAACCGUGUGGAAAAAGUUUAGGGCAAAAUGUUAUGUUUAGCCACGUCAUGUCAUCUUUAGUCUGGCUUAUCCUCUUUGGGGGCACAUGCAUUCCAACAAUGAUCCUAACAGACAAACCACCACCUGCUGGUAUGUCAAAGAACUUCUGUAUGGAGCUGAAAAGCGUGCAUGGAUUGCGGCUGCAUGGCUACGUGGUGUUAUUAAUGGAGGCUGAAUUCUGGUUCAUAUGUGCGUUGACUGUCUUUUGCUACAUAUUCAUCACAGUGAAAGUGCUUCAAUCUUUCAGAAAUUCUGGAAGCAACAACAGCCAAGGAAAGAAGAAAACCAAACUGAGAGUUUUUCUGAUCUUACUGGUGUUUUUCACAUGCUUUGUGCCUCUCCAUAUUAUGCGCAUUCCCCACACUCUCCAGGAGGUCUACGGGUGCACUCAGGUUUGGUCAGAAGUGCUCUACAAACUGUCCCUGUGGCUCUCCACCACAAAUACCUGUCUGGACCCCCUGCUCUACAUUUUCCUAUGCAGGGAGUACAAAAACAAACUGGCUGACAUGAUGAAGGCAAGAGGGAUCUCUCUUUGCUGGUGGAUAGAUGAAAAAGAAAAAGACAAUAGCACACAGUAG